UCAGCCUAAUUAGAAACGGGGAACCUAUCCGAGACGCUCUGUGGAAUAAGAUAAAUCUCCCCGCUUCGUUCUGCGCGUUGGAGGAAAAUAAAAAAGUUGUGUUAAGGUGAAGAUCACGGCCAAACAAGUCUCCUCACCCAAACCAGAAAACGUGGCGUUUAUCGCUUAAUUGGAGCCAUCCCUCCUUCUCCUCCUCCACCACCCCCCCUCCUUCAGCUCUCUCCGUGGUUCAUUCCUGCCGCUCUGUAUCCUCCGGAGCGAGCGAGGCGCGUUUCCACCGUCAUCCACACGCUGAGCCGGGGCGGUUCAGUCGCCGCGCUGAAACAACGGCAACGUGAAUAUGGAUGAAGAGAUCGGGACCGAGGUUCUGGGAACUGCUCUGUGCUGAACUGUUAACGGGGGAAUGCCUCAGCUGCCCGCAGACAUUUUCUCUGAAUCCUCCUGGUCCUUGGCUGCGGGGUCGUGAGCAGCUACCAUGACGUUCAGCAACUCCAGCUCGCUGACAGCCAACCUCAGUGGGGCUCUGGAUGGCUACGACUCCGGGGGAAACCUUUACCUGCCAUUUUCCGUUUUCAGCGUGCUCACUCUCACUUUGCUGGUAAUGCUGGUGGUGGCCACCUUCCUGUGGAACCUGCUGGUGCUGGUGACCAUCCUGAGGGUGAGGACAUUCCACCGGGUGCCCCACAACCUGGUGGCCUCCAUGGCCAUCUCGGAUGUGAUGGUGGCCGCGCUGGUUAUGCCGCUUAGCCUGGUCCACGAGCUGAACGGCAGGCUGUGGAAACUCGGACGCGUGCUCUGUCAGGUGUGGAUCUCGUUCGACGUGCUCUGCUGCACGGCCAGCAUCUGGAACGUGACAGCCAUAGCGCUGGACCGCUACUGGUCCAUCACCAGGCACCUGGAGUACACGCUCAAGACUCGAAAAAAGAUCUCCAACGUGAUGAUUGCGCUCACGUGGCUGCUGUCGUCCAUAAUCUCCCUUUCGCCACUCUUUGGCUGGGGGGAGACGUACUCAGAAGGGAUGAAGUGUCAAGUGAGCCAGGAGCCAUCCUACACCAUCUUCUCCACCUUUGGGGCAUUUUAUCUCCCACUUUGCGUGGUUCUGUUUGUCUACUGGAAGAUCUACAAAGCUGCCAAGUUUCGCAUUGGCUCUCGCAAGACGAACACAAUCACACCCAUGGCUGAGGUAAAGGAGGAAGCCCAACAGCCACAGAUGGUGUUCACCGUUCGCCACGCAACCGUGACCUUCCAGACAGAUGGGGACACAUGGCGGGAGCAGAAGGAGAAAAAGGCAGCCCUUAUGGUCGGCAUUUUGAUCGGCGUGUUUGUGCUUUGCUGGAUCCCUUUCUUUAUCACCGAGCUCAUUGUGCCACUCUGCUCCUGUGACAUCCCACCAAUUUGGAAAAGCGUUUUUCUUUGGCUGGGCUACUCAAAUUCCUUUUUUAACCCGCUCAUAUACACUGCCUUCAACAAGAACUACAACAACGCCCUAAGGAACCUCUUCUCCCGACAGCGCUGAGCCGAUCUGUGCACUUGGCCGUUGUGCUACACCGGUUCACACAGUGUUACCAGCCUCCCCCCCAACCAGACUGGAGCGUCUAUCACUUUAUCAUCUCAUUAAUUGGUUGAUAACCAGAGACUGUGUCUGGACAAACUUUGCUGUGCAUCAGUUUUGUCGGUGUCAAUGAGUUUUGUACAUUAAGACUGAGACCAAACGUCUUUUUGCCUUUUUGAAUUUCUGUUUUUGCUUUUUUUUGUCUUACAUAUAUGUUUUAGAACAUCAAACAUGGGUAAAUGCUAAAAUAGAGUACAUAAAGUACUGACUCUAUAGAAAAAAAAAAAGUAACCACCCACCUUGUUAACUCAUUAACUCUGAUCAACCACAGUUCAAUUCCACUAGCCACGGUCGGGUCUAAUUUAUGCCAGAACGGUAGAGUCGAUGAAUCACAACAAUAGAACCUGUCUGACAACAUCAAGUAGGCUGAAAGAUCUCAAAAGCAACAAAUCACUGCAAAUACAUUUUAGAACAGAUGAAGAAAAAGCCCGUAUUAACGUCUGUUCUUCUAGAAAGGGUUUCAAAUCCAUUUCUAAGACUUUGUGACUCCAGGCAAGCGCAGAGAGAGCCAUAGUCCACAGAUAGACAAACAGUGGUGAGGCUUUCUUGGAAUGGUUGGUGUAGCAUAGAGGGACCCCUCAGUGGUGGUGAUGUUCCAGGUUCAGGCCAUACACAGCGUCAAUGUAGCUAGAUAAUCAGUAAGCCAGGAUGCUCUUGCAAAGCACUUUGUGACACCUAUCUGUGAAAAGGGCUACAUAAAUAAACUUUUACUAACUCACUUAUUUUUCCAAUAAGGGUUGAAAGUCCAAAAGGUUUUUGAGGUCUUAGAGUUUGAAUUGGUUGACUGAAAAGUUGCCUAAGGUACAUUUGUUACUCUAGUCAAAUACCUUUUUUCUGAUCAUUAGAAGUCGACUUUUUUGUGGUUUGUCUUUGUGUGAGUUCAGUGUAUUGUUUAUGUUGUCAGAAAAUACCUGUAAAUAUAGACUGUUUUCUUUUUUUCACGUACGAGCUGGUAGCCAUUCCUCCAUUUGAGAUAGAAACAAUGUACAGUUCUAAAAAUACUCUAAUUCCUGAUCUUUUGUAAAACAAAUGUAAAUGUAUAUCAGUUAGUUGUUCGAUGGGAAAAGAAAAUAAUGCACAUCAGAUUGAUAAUUAGAUUGUUUAAUUAAUUAGUAGUGGAAUGUGAGACUGAUUUAUCCAAUAAAUUGUAUAGUAGUGAUCAAAAAUAGCAUCGAGCAUCACUAUACUGGCCAAUUAAAAUCCAUACCGCAAAAGUGCAUUAACAGACCCCAAAACAACCCAAAAUGAUGUCUAAUUCCAUGUUCAUGGUUCAACAAGAGGAAAGAAGCUGGUCAAAAUGGAAGCUAUGGGAAAGCUGUGGCAAAAAUGACUGCUGACCAAAAGGAACACAAAAGCCCAUCUUACAUUUGUUAAAAUAAUCUUGAGGAUAUUUUGGAAACAAUAAUCUUCGGCCUGAUGGGACAAAAGUGGAACAUUUUGAAAAGACUGUGCUCCACUACAUCUGAUACAAAACAAACAAAAUUUCAGGAAAACAACAUUAUACCAACAGUUUAACAUACUGAUGCCGCAGUGGUCAACGUUUGCUUUGACUAUUGAUUAUGUGGAUUAUGCUCUAGAAA